AUGCCCGCACAAGCUCAGGCAAAUCAGCAGUACAUGGCCGCCCAGCAGGCGCAGCGAAACUUCUCGGGGGCGUCAGGCGUUUACCGCGGCAGUAAUGCUCCCAUCCAGCCCUAUGCCUUCACCAGCACUCCCAGCCUGAACACGACUGGCCAGUGGCAGCAGUAUGGCAACGGUUAUCGCACGGCAUCUUCUCCCGCUGUUCCGACACAGGGUAUGGUUCAAGGACAUGAUGGCAACCGGUCUCGUCACACUGGAAGCUCUUCCGUUUCAUACAGCCAUAACAUGGGUACGAGCCAGGGCGGAUCCAGAGACGAUUCAGCCAUCCCCGCCGCUCGCACAAAUCCCCAGGCACAGAGACCUCAAUCUGCGUAUCUUGCCGGCAGCACGACACCGCAAAUGACGUUCGCUCAGGCCGCCGGUGCUAAGACGACACCUGAUAGGUACAGGCGCCCGGCUCUCCAGCAACAGCAGCCUCGCCAGACUAGCGCCCCUUCAGGGUCAGGCAUGGCCACCGAAUUCGCUCAGUCGGAAGAAUCCUCCCGUCCCGACCGCGUUCCAACUCCCAAAAACAACGAAAAAUCGCUUCGCAUGGUUUCCAGUCUCGCUCCUCCCACCGACACCAACAUGCAUUCUGCCAACCGUAGCGUACCCGCCCCCACGGCAAACCCCUCUCUCUCGUCUUCUUCAACCCCAGAUGAUGCUUCAUCAAAACAUGACCAGCUCAAGAUCGUGAACAUCCCGCCACGAAACUCAUCGUCAGAUGCGGCCAAGCGACAACCCACUCCGUCUCCUCUCUCCAAGCCGGUGACCAUGUCGACCGAGUCCAGUCCCCAAAAACCACCUUCCUCUCUGGGAAAUGCUCCGCAGCAGGCUGCAUCCAACGCCAACGCCAGCAGCCCCGCCGCGCAGCAGCUCGCAGCAAUCAAACAGAAUGGCACGAAAUCGAAGAGCAAGACAUCGCGACUUCGCCGCGCAUUCUCUUUUGGUAGCGCCGCUGAUUUUAAGAAAGCUGCUGGUCCCGAACCCCCGGUGGAACCCAGCAAUGUGAACGCCGGUGAUGCAUCGAAGUUGCACAAGGACCCGACCGCAGAUGAGUUGUAUGAGGCUGAGCAGGCGGCCAUCGCCAAGAAGCAGGAGGAGGGGGGAAUCGGCAGCAACAUUUACGGCGGAAGGCUCUUUUCUGGAUCGACCGACAACCUGUCCAUCUCGUCGACGGCGUCCUCUGCUUCUAUCAUGAUCCGUAAGAUGGGUCGCGGCAUGAAGAAGAGCACGCGAUCAUUAGUGGGUCUCUUCCGACCGAAGUCCGUUAUUGGCGUUCCCGCCGCCGAUGCCAUGGCUCCGGAAGCUAGCCAGGCCGCUGUCUCAAUGAUCACUGUCGAGGCCGAAAGAGUCAACGUCAACCCUGACCCCCGCGCACAAAAUGGCGGUGGUACAGGGUUCCCUCACCUGGAGCGAAACUCGCUGGACGUCUCCAACACUCCUAGCAUGGUUUCCGAGCGUGCUGGAAGUUCUGGCACCGACAGCGCCGGUCGAAAGAGCAUCGUGGGUGGCGACAGGCAGCGUGCCGAGGUUCUAGCUGCUGUCAGGAAAGGCAUCCUCAAGCACAACGGCCGAUCAAACAGCCCAGCACGCGAUGGCGCCAAGCCCUUCGAACUCCCCGCCAUCCCCAAUGUCUCCGACUCGCCCAUUUCCACCGCGCCUAGCACGCCGAAUGAUGAGGCACAAGGCCACAAGCGUUCGGGGUCGGUCGCCAUUGGCAGCGAGGAUUAUUUCAUGACCGCUCUUAGACUCCGCCAAGACAGCAAGAGUGCUCCUGGAACGCCUUCCGGAGGUACCAAGAGGAACGCGACAUUUUCACCGAGAAUCGUCUUUCACGACACAUGGCCAAGUGGAGAGUAUGAUCGCAGGGGCGAGAUUGCUACAUGCAACCGUCUGACGCCCAUGUUGGCUCAGCAGAUCAAGGAGGAGCUCAACACAUUCAAGAUGGAAAUGGAAGUUCACGAAAACUCCAAGAUUUACACGCACUUCUUCUGA